CGGGCGGCGGCGGACCGACGACCUGACCCGUGGACGGCGACAGGGGGACAGGCCGGGCCCGGCCGGGCGCGCGCCGUGCCGCCGCCAUGACAGAGCAGACCUACUGUGACCGCCUGGUCCAGGACACACCUUUCCUGAUGGGCCAUGGAAGCCUCAGUGAGCAGCAGGUGGACAGGAUCAUCCUCCAGCUGAACCGCUACUACCCUCAGAUCCUCAGCAACAAGGAUGCAGAGAAGUUCCGGAACCCCAAGGCGUCCCUGCGCGUGCGGCUCUGUGACCUCCUGGGCCAUCUGCAGCAGAGCGGCGAGCGGGACUGCCAGGAGUUCUACCGGGCCCUGUACAUCCAUGCCCAGUCCCUGCACAGUCGCCUGCCCAGCCGGCUCGCCCUGCAGAACUCAGAUUGCACAGAGCUAGACUCAGGCACCGUGGGCCGCGAGCUCAGUGACAGGGGGCCUGUGGCCUUCCUGGCCUGCCUCGGCCUGGCCGCGGGGCUGGCGCUCCUCGUCUACUGCGGCCCUCCAGACCCCAAGGUGCUGCGGGGGGCCCGGCGUGUCCUGGGCUUCUCCCCCAUCAUCGUUGACAGGCACGUCAGCCGCUUCCUGCUGGCCUUCCUCACAGACGACCUGGCAAGGCUCUGACGCCCCCGCCUGCCCGCCCAGGGGCCUGCCACUUCUUUUCUAAAUGCUUGUUUUUCACUAUUUAUACUUUUUUAAGAAAGUUACCUUCACCUGACAAAGGUACUCCACAAUAUUAAAUGUUGGAGUCUUGU